AUGCCUCUCGUCGUCCCCGGAAUCCAGAGCAGUGGCGGAGACCAGAUCAAUGAGUGGUCGAGCAAGUUGAUGGGCAAGAAGCUUGGUGACAACCACGACGAGGUCACUUUCGCCAAGCAGGACCUCCCCCAGGAGCACCGCGUCCUCCAGCCCGACUCGAUGAGCACUAUGGACCACAGGCCCGACCGCCUCAAUGUCCACGUCGAUGAGCAGGGCACCGUCAAGAACGUCCGCUAUGGUUAA